AACAGCUUUGUGCUUUCUUCUGUGAAUUUUACAAAUUCUUUGUGACGCAUGCAAAAGAUUGUUUAUUCAUGUAAUUAUGUAAUGAUAAACACCAAUUUGGGGAACAGAUCACAUGGCGUGAUCACACAUGGCUUCCAAGCCCAAGCCAGCCAAACCCUAAACACAUGAGAAUAAUUGACGGCAAAGGCACAAAUCUCACUCUGUGGGACCAACAGUUACUGUGUGCCCUGAAGCUCAUUUAAAAAACGAAACUUGUGAAUUUUAAUAACAUUUUCUCAUAGGUAGACACAGGGAAACCCUAUACAAAUCUUUCAGAGGAAGACAGAAGGGUCACAAAACAUUUUUUUAUUUUUUUAGUUUAUAAAUCACUAUUAUUGUAGGAACACGUUAUGCUGCCAAAAAUCAAGACAUAUUUAAGACACAUCAGCACUGAUGGGACUGACACAUUUCAAGAAAAAAGCCCUGCGUCCCCUGUGCUGACAACUCCUUCAGCUUAGCAGAAAGGAGUGACAGAAUUCUUGUCAGCAUUUCCACAAAGUUCCCCACUCUGUUUUUACCUUUAAAAAAAGUCAAUUAAAAGUAUGUAAGCCCUGCUAGUGUUAAGUAAUUGAUAUACUAGGGACACUUACUCUAGGUGCUAAUGUACUAAUGUGGCUAAUGAGACAGACAAAGAACACUGCCUAAAGUCUGUGAGUGUCUUGAAAACCACAACUUAGACUUCCCAAGCGUGGUAGCAGGCACUCACUCCGAGAACACCCUGCUGACCCUCGGACAGAUGUUCCAGCCCAGCUCACUAACGUGUGCAGAGGUUUAUGGCUCUCGCUCCUCCUUUAAUCAGCAACUGUAUAUUCAACUUCAGUAUUAAAAUAAACCAUUACGAACCUAUUCUGCUCCGUCCAAGACCUAAAUGCCUUUCCUGCCUAUCAAAGAUCUUCAGCUAAGCCUCUCAAAGCCCUGACCUAUGUAUGUGCGGCAUCUCCUCGAUAAAAUCCUUGCUGAGAUGUGGAUGGGGCAGGCGGAUGAAGCUGAAACCUUCGGGGUGUCAGUGCGACCAUACCUCCACCUGUAGGAACCAUUCACCUGGAAAACACGGUCACUUGGACAUUUUCAAUUAAGUUCCCGACCUUUUACCACUAGAACCCAAUGGCCCACGAUUAAACAUUAAACCGUGUCAGUAAAACGGCGUGAAAAUGUUCACACACCCACAGCCCCAGACGCACCUGCCCCAGACCCUCACCCGCCGCUCUAUUUCCCCGAUCUCGCUCCCGCCUUCCCCGAACGCGCUCCCACUCCUCCCCUCCGGCUCCCCCUGCUCCCGCCUUUCCCGAUCCCGCAUGCGCGUUCCCCGCCUCCCGCCUUUCCAGGUCCCGGUGCUCCUCGAUCCCGCUCUUCCCGAUCCCACUGUUUCCCAAUCCCGACCCCGCUGUUCCCGACCCCGCUGUUCCCGACCCCGCUGUUCCCGACCCCGCUGUUCCCGAUCCGGACCCCGCCGUCUCCGCUCCUUCCUCCCUCGUCCCCGGUCCCUCCCUGCGCAUGUGCAGGCGCGGGGCAGUGCCGGCGGAGCGGCGCGAGCGGCCCUGCAGGUAACAGUGGAAACAACAGGAAAAGAGACUGUCAGAAGUAGAGAUGAUGAAAGAGGACAGGGAUCACAGGUACUGCAAUGGCUGCAGGAGUUUUGCUGAAAAAUGAGCAACCGUACUCCUCACUGAUAGAGAGCAGUGUGUAUCUGGCAAAUAUGAGUUCAGGGAGCUCAAGGCGCCCCACGGCCAAGUACACGAAGAUGGGGGAGCGGCUGCGCCACGUCAUCCCUGGGCACAUGCAGUGCUCCAUGGCCUGCGGCGGCCGCGCCUGCAAGUACGAGAACCCUGCGCGCUGGGCUGAGCAUGAGCAGGCCAUCAAGGGGCUCUACUCCUCCUGGAUAACAGAUAACAUCCUGGCUAUGGCUCGACCCUCAACAGAAUUAAUUGAAAAGUACAACAUUAUUGAGCAGUUUAAAAGUUGUGGCAUAAAAACCAUAAUUAACCUUCAGCGUCCUGGAGAGCAUGCGAGCUGUGGGAACCCCCUGGAGCAGGAGAGUGGCUUCACCUACCUUCCUGAAGCCUUUAUGGAGGCUGGCAUUUAUUUUUAUAAUUUUGGAUGGAAGGAUUAUGGAGUGGCAUCUCUCACAACUAUCCUUGACAUGGUAAAGGUGAUGUCUUUCGCCCUGCAGGAGGGGAGGGUGGCUGUUCACUGCCACGCAGGACUUGGGAGGACAGGUGUUCUAAUAGCUUGCUACUUGGUUUUUGCCACCAGAAUGAGUGCUGACCAAGCGAUUUUGUUUGUCAGAGCCAAAAGGCCCAAUGCCAUCCAGACCCGGGGGCAGCUGCUCUGUGUCAGGGAGUUCUCCCAGUUCCUGGUCCCUCUCCGCAAUGUCUUUGCAUGCUGCGAGCCCAAGGCACACGCGGUCACCCUGUCCCAGUACCUGACCCGCCAGAGGCACCUGCUCCACGGCUACGAGAGCAGGCACCUCAAGCACGUGCCAAAACUCAUCCACCUGGUGUGCAAGCUGCUGCUGGACCUGGCUGAGAACAGACAGGUGGUAGAGGCAGAGCUGCUGGACAUCCCAGACCUCUCAGCUGAGAUUGAGAAGACCGUGUCCCAGCUGGCAUCCAUGGAGCUCGAGCGGGAGCUGGCCAGGCACGACAGCGACACGUCGGACUCGUCCUACACCCAUUCCUCUGCUCUCGACAGCCAGGACUCACACGUCUCCCUGGGACACGAAUGUAAUGCUUUCUGUAAAAGAAGGAAUGUCGAAUGCCUUCAGCCUCUUACUCAUAUGAGAAGGCGUCUGAGCUACAGUGAGUCAGACCUAAGGAGAACUGAGUUUCUUUUGGAACAGGAUGACACUGCCUGGACAGUUCCUGCUCAGAUCUUAGUGAACAACAAACCCAAGCAGAACAGUGGAGAGGAAUGUUCUGCCACAGGUGAGGCAAAGCCACAGCUGGAGUUAAACAAAGAAGCAUUAGUGCGUAACACGUGCAUGUUCUCGAAUGAAGGGAGAUUUCAUUUGGAUGGACGAAGGGGUGGCUCCUGUCACAGAAGGAGCUCUACCAAAGAAGUACAACGCAGCAGGACCUAUUCCUCAGGCCUCGUGUCCAUGCACAAUCCCAAGGAACCUGGGAUGCAAAGGCACAGCAUUGCCAGUGAGACUGUUCACAGGAAGGACCACAAGACCAAUAUAUAUGGCAGGAGAGUGUAUCUCUCUGAGGACUCUGACUCUUCUUCUUCGUCUUCCAAAGUGAACUUUUCCAUUGGAUCUGAAAGUGAGAGUAGCAGAGAGCUAUCAGAGACAAUUCCACACAUUGUUCUGCAGUCAGAAUUAAGUUUGGAAGCCCGAAGAAUUUUGGCAGCCAAAGCACUUGCAGAUAUAAAUGAAUUUCUGGGAGAGGAUGAAGUGAAGCAGAAGGUAGAAAUGUGGCAGAAAGAACUGAAUUCUCAAGAUGGAGCUUGGGAUAAAAUCUGCACAGAAAGAGAUCCUUUUAUCCUCUGCAGCUUGAUGUGGUCAUGGAUAGAGCAGCUGAAAGAACCUAUUAUAUCCAAAGAUGAUGUUGACAUGCUGGCAAAACAUUGCACAGAAUCCCAGGAUGCGCUCUACUUGUUGGGAAAGGAGCAGUGUCAGACCAUCCUUUGUAUUUUACACUGUGUGGUGAACCUGCAAGCGCUGCCAGAUGAUGUGGAGGAGGCCUUACUUAAUCGUGCUAUUAAAGCUUUCACCAAGACAAGCUUCGAUUCUGAGAAUGGGCCAUAUGUUUACAAUACCUUGAAAACUGUAUUUAAACAAGCACUGGAAGAAAAAAGGAAAAGGAUUAAAGAAGGAACAGAGAAUCCUUCUUGAUUUCUACACAGCUCUGCCAAAGCAUUAGAUUGGCCUACCAAAUUAUUUUGCAUUUUCCAGCUACUGUAUUUUGUGCUACCUGGCAUGAUCUACCUAACUUCAGGUAAUAGAAGUUAUUAACAAAUAAUUUUAUUUUUUUAGAGGGAGUUUUAGUGGCAGUUGUUCAGUCUACAUAGUUUUAAAGAACGGCUCCAUGUGACCAUUCUCUGUAGCAUUUUGUUUCAGGUACUGUUCUUCUAUGUUGUGAAGGGUUCUCCUAUUCUCGAUGUGUUUAUUGAUGUGGAAACCUCUGUUAUUGGCAAGAAACAUUAUUGUCGAGUGACAUGACUGCUGUAAGUUCAGUGCCAUGGUCCUCAAAGGUUUAAUGGAUUAAUAUUUAUGUAUUACAUGUUUACAUUAAAGAUAUUUGAUUUCAUUUUGCAGAAAAUAAAUAUUGACUGAACCUGUGAAACUGCUUUUCCUUUCAGAAAUUUUGAAGUAAGACCAACAGUAAUAAUGGAGAGAUUGACAGAUCCUGAGAUCUGUUAUUGACAGCAGACAGUAUUUCCUUCAGAUCUCUUAAAUAAUUGUAAAGUAUUUCUAGAAGGUGUUG